AUGGCGUCUUCCAACGAGAAUUAUCCACCAGGGCCAUACGAGGCGGACAAACACAUAACACCUCCACCUAGGCCAAUUUCCCCGUCGACUGCAGAAUACCAACUCAACCAUAUGAUGAUACGUAUCAAGGAUCCAGAGAAGAGCAUGAAGUUCUACUGUGACUGUUUGGGCAUGCAUGUCAUCUUCAUCUUCAACGCCGGGCCGUUCACGAUCUACUAUCUCGGACCACGAGACGUUGGUAUGGCUAAUCUUCGAACGUCAAAGGGCUUACUGGAAUUAUAUCAUAUUCCCGCAGACUCGUCUACGCCUUAUGCUUCUGGCAAUGACUACCCUGGUCCUGGAAUUGGGCUUGGUCACCUUGGGUUUACAGUUCCUGAUGUCGCUGAAGCAGUGGAAAGGGUUAAGAGCCAUGGGUUCGAGGUCAUCAAACCGUUGGAUGAGGCGAAGGAAGAACAGAUGGGUAUACCGGCAGAUACUGCUGCCGGAAAGCAUGGAAAAGUGCCAGAUGGGUACAAGCAUCUCUUUAAACAAUUGGCUUUUGUGAAGGAUCCUGAUCUCAACGACUUUAUCAUCUUUCCACUGACAUUAUGGCACCUCAACCUCAGCCGAACACAGAAACUUCUGUCCGAGCCCCAAAGCGAGACAUCGACGGCAGCACGAUCCGAGUUCUUCGCAAGCGCUCUAAAUGGCCGAUGGGAUAACUUUGAUACCAAAAUUGUUGACCUACACAAGGCUGCUCCAGAUCUUGUCCUGGAGGACGUCGCACACUAUUUGGAAGCUGUUUACACGAAUCAGAUCCACGACGAGAGCCAUUCGAAGGGUUUCUAUGAUAUUUGUAAGGUGCUUGUGAAGCCAAUCUUUAGCCGCCAACCUGCAUUCGGCCACGGUCGUUUCCAAGUCAUAAAGCCAUGUUUACCUGGAAUUGCCCUGGGGGUUGCGUUUCCCAUCUUCGAUUUGGUGGUAGCUAUGGAUAAGCUGAAGUCCAAGACGCGUUCGGCGCGCAACAGACUCGCCAAAGCGACAUCGUCGGGCUCAGGUACGGGCGAGCUGCAUGUUCCACACCAAUCUCUGCCACCCCACGAGAACUCCAGUACCCAUGCUGUAAACGAAGGCUUCCAGAGCGCCGAGCCUGGGACCAAUGCGCACGACUUCGGAACACCAGCAGGCCAGCCAACACGACAACCUGUCAUCGAACCGCCUACCUCGCUAGAGUCAUCCAUUGACGCUGGCCAACAUGUUCCCAAGCCUACGAGGGCGAGCGAUCCCUCUUCCCAUGUUACGUACAGUACUCUUGCUGCACAACGAGCAAGAAGCAGCUCUGCGCCAACUAGACCCCAGCAGUACCCACGACGACCCCAAGCCUAUCGUCAAGCCAGUAUUGGUAUUCGGCGUAUACCUUCCUCCAACGCCCUGAGACAAGCAGCACAGAACCCCAAUGCCGCCUCAACAAUAAGAUCAAGUACGCCUCUGCCUGCACUGGACGAAGAACAAGAGCUAGGACAGUUCUCCUCUUCCAACGGGAGUCAGUCGACCCUCACGAACCCUGAGCCAGAUCGAAGUCGACUGCGGAAGGUCAAGAGCGCAAUACAGACCAGGAUACCCUUUUGGGGCAACAAGGAGGAGGAGGAGAAGUCACCGACAACUAGUGCCCAUGCUGCUGCACCGGAAGACGAUAUGUCGUCCAACUACACCUCGGGCAUGGUCGACGUCCUCGAUACCAUCGAUCCCGAGGUUGCGACGCUUACUUCUUUGACAAACAUGCAGAAUUCGCUUUUCAUUCCCAAUCUACCCUGGCUCAACCGUCGGCCGACAUACAACCUACGUCGACGGAAGAGCGAGACUGAGAGUCUAGAAGAGAUCAACCGCAUCCUAGAGCCCGCCCGUGCUGCUCAGGCACAGGAGCAAGCGGCUCCAAGACUUCAGCGCUCGCCAACUGAAGCUACUACGACGACUAUGAUGACGAUAGAUUCGCAACUCACUGAGUCUCGCUUCGCUGUGCUUCCCGAAGAGGCUGACCUAUCUGGCUGGAGUGUCGAGGACAAGAAGGAGGUCAACGACCAUGUCCGACAUAUGCUUCACUCACGACGAUCCAAGAUGAAGCGCUCGCUGAAAGGGUUCGGACAGUAUGUCAGGAGACCUCUUGGUUUCCUUGUCACUCUCUACGCGACCCUCAUCACCCUGUUCGGUCUGGCCUGGGUACUUUUCCUCAUCGGCUGGGUCAAUGUCGGUGGCCAACAAAUCUACGUUGUGCACGUCAUUGACAGUGUCCUUGUUGCCCUCUUCGCUGUUGUGGGAGAUGGUCUCGCACCUUUCCGUGCCGUAGACACCUACCACAUGAUUUACAUCGCUCACUACCACCACUUCACCUGGUCGCGCCGUAAGAAGGAGAUGCUUCCCGAACUUGCCGAUCAUAACGACCUUCCUGCCGAACACGCUCCUGUGUCCGGACCCCGUGUGGUAGACCCAGCAGAUCCUGAGAAGCAGUGGGAAUUCACCGUUUUGACGCCCAAGCAACAGGAGAAGCUGGAACACCACCAGGAGAAGUUCUGCAAAUCUCACUCUUUCUACAAACCCCACGAGACAGAGACCCAUUACGCCUUCCCUCUUCGUCUCCUCGUUGCUAUCGUCGUCCUUCUGGACUGCCACUCUUUACUCCAGAUCUCUCUCGGCGCGUGCACAUGGGGUAUCUACUAUAAACACCGUCCUUUCGCCAUCACCACCGUCAUUCUCUGCUGCUCCAUCACCUGCAAUGCCACAGCCGGUCUGCUAAUUUGGUUGGGUGACAAGAAAACCCGCAAGAAGGACGUGCUAGAGCGCAUGAACAGACAGGAGCUGACCGAGGAGGCCAUCAAAGAAGUAGAAAAGAAGAAACAGAAGGAGAAAGAAAGAGAAAGCGAGGGCGAGUCUAGCGGUGCGGACGAAGGCAGGGACAGGGAGGCAAGGAGAAUUAGUCUCGAUGCUUUCAGGCCAGGGAGGAAGAGUAUGGAUAGGAACAGAGAGAAGAAGCAGAGUCUCGGUGCGUAUCCGUGA